CUCUUGCUGGACAGCCCCCACGUAGCUGCAUUCAAAGCUGCGAGUGCAGUCACGUAGAGCCAUCCUAGUAUGACGUCGUCACCGGUAGCAUCUGUGUUCCCCCAACAGCAGCAGCAGCAGCUUCCCAACAACUACCACGUCCCGGGCACACCAACGGAUACUUUACUGGCACGACACCUGCAACAACAUCAUGGGCAGCAGCAGCGCCACCAUCAUCUUCAUCUCCAGCACAUGACCAACAACAACCAAGAGCGGCAGCAUGGUACUAGUACCCCAGACGAAAGCGACGAGUCGUGUUCGUCGUCGUCGCCGUACAAACAAGUCAAGCAUCGCAAGGUCGGGGUGCCCAAGUUCUUGCGGUAUCUGUUUCAGAUCCUCGACAACGAAGAUCCGCACAUUAUUGCGUGGUCAGCGGACGGCACGUCGAUCCAGAUCUUGGACAUGGUGAGCAUCGCCCAUACGAUUCUGCCCAAGUACUUUAAGCACUCCAACUAUGCGAGUUUCCAGCGCCAGCUCAACUACUUUGGGUUUCGCAAGUGGACCAAGUCCCAAACGACCAUUUGCACGUUCUCGCACCCCGAGUUCCUUCGCCACCGUCCCGAUCGCAUGGCCCGCAUCAAGCGAAAGAACCGACCUGAUCGCAUGGGCACAACCCGACACAAGCCCCCCCUCGCCGCCACCGCAUCUUCUUCAACUUCGCCGUUUCCGACCACGUCUUGGGCGGACGCGGCCAUGGACCCCCCCGCCGCCAUCCCGCGCCAUGGGUCGUACGUCGAUCUCAAAGGCAUGCUGCCCCAAGGACGAGGGGUGGGUGGGUUUGAUGGCCCCUUCCAAGACAUCCCGCCCCUCCACUCAGCCGGAACCAUGACCCACUUGAUGGAGCAAGUCCAUUUCAUCACCCCCCUCCACCAGUAUCAUCGCCCGUACGACCACACUCGACCGCACAUCCAAGUGCCGCCGCCCGCCGACGCCGCGCCCAUGUGGUACUAUUACAACCCCACCUAGUUCAUUCGUUCGUUUGUUAGCUGUGUCGUGUGCUUCCUAUUUUAACAUGCAACCCACUGUGUCACA